AUGAAAGACUUUAAUGAUGAAAAUAUAUCAAAGUCAAGAAAGAAAGGUUUUUACGGCUCUGAGCCUGCUCCUUCCAUUGAGGAAGAAGCUGAUUGCAUGAAAAAUAUUUGCGAGUGUCUUUAUGAUUGUUUAUCAAACAUUAGAAGGUUUCUUAAUCAAGCCUCUAAGGAUUUAUCGAUGGAAAGUAUUGAUCAAGCAUUGGAAUGUUUCCAAUUAGCAGUUACUCUUCUGUCAUCAGACCCUGAGCCAGAAAGAUUGAAGGCAUUAGUAUUUGAUAAUGCUUUAGAGAAGGAAGAGGAAUAUACCUUCAUCUCUCUCCUAUUGGAUUUUGUUAGUGUUCCUCAGUUCACAAAAUCCAAUGCUUAUAUUGAAUCUUCUAAGGAAGGAGGUUAUCAACUUCAAAUUGCAAUCGAAACGGAUCAAUUGUUAAAUCAUUUGAAAAUUUAUGCUUUAAAAUGUAUGAGCAAGUUCGUUAGUAUAUGUUCGUAUGAAUCAAGGAAUAUGUAUGAACAGACCGUGGAUGACCAAAAGUUAAAAGCACUUUCAAAGAUGUGUGCUGAAGCUAUUGCUGAUGAGCAUGGUAUAGAUGUGCUAAUGGAAUUUUUGUUUGAAAAAGAUAGGGAAGAAGGUAUUCCAAAUAGUGGAAAUGAAGAAGUUCGUUUAGCAGUGGCCGAAUGUUUGUUUUUCUUUGUUGUUCGUAACGAAGUUGGAAGACUUGCAUUACUUCUUCAAAAGGGAGUUAGUCAACUUUUGAAAUGCUUGGAAAGUGACUCGAAUGCAUUGGUAAGGAGCUAUUGUUGUGCAAUUUUGAGAGAGUUCAGUAAUCAUUACCCAGAUGAAUUGUUGAAAGAAAAUACUCUUCAAGUGUGUAUCAAGGUUUUAAAUAUCGAUUCAAGUCAAGAGGUUAGAGCAUUAUCGGCAGAAAUUAUUGAAAUUAUAUUUAAGAGUGAUCCAAAGGCAACCCAGUUUGUUUCUGUUCCAACUCUUUGUAAAGUAUUGAAUGACAGAUUAACUAAAGACUCUUCAAGGGAUGUUCUUGAGGCAGUUUGUAAGUUGCUGGAAACCUUGUUCAGUUCGAAAAUUGCAGAAAAUUCUGAUGGAAGAAAGGAAUUAUUCUUAGAUGUACAUAGAGAGUUUAUUUCAAAAGGAUAUUGGAAAUCAUUUAUCAGAGUUUUGAAACAAUGUACAGUUAGACCUGCUUCUCUAGCUGUAAGAGCUUUAAGAUACCUUUUGCAAACCUCACCUUACGAAGAAAAAGUUUCAAGACUUAUUGUUGGUCAUUUUCAAACACUCUCUGUUUUAUUGAAAUCAUCAUUAGAACAAAACAAAACUAAUAGCAAGCAAAAACAAAAUUCUACCAUGAUAGCUCACAAAUUACUCAAAGUUGAACUCUCUAUUGUGUUGGCUAUUCUGUUUUUGCAAAGCCCUCAUUCAAGAAAACAAGUCAAUACAGAACUGACUGCUUUUCCUCUAUGGAUGUCAACAUUAAGAGGAGCUUUAUUGAAGCAUUUGAGCUAUGCAGAACCAGAAUAUUUUUCAGAUAUUAGAGCCGUUGAUGAGAAGGGAAUUAACAUUUACUCAGAAUUCAAAGCUCUAGGAAAAGGAUUACUAAAUACAUCAACAUUGAAAGAUAUAUUCAGCUCUCAAGAAGUUGAAGCUGAGGGAUCUGAUAUUUACUCUGAUCUUCAUUCUGAGUUCAUGGAUGACGAUGACAAAAUCAAGGGAAAAAUCAAUCAUUUUAUAUUAAGUUUUGCUAUUCAUGAGACUUUGUCUGAAAAUCCUGUAACAUCCUCACCUGUUAAAGAAAUGGAGUCACCAACAAAAGAAGCACAAAAUGAACCUCCUUAUCUAUCUUCUGAUUCUGAAAUGACACCAAGACCAAAAAACUCUCCUGAAAAGACCAAUCAAUUGCUAGGUGAUGCAGAGGAUUCAUUUAUUAACCAAUUUGGAGAUGUAAUGGCCAAAGAACAAGAGGUGAUUGAGGUUGAAUCUGCAGAUUCCAAAUCAGACUCAAUAAGAGAAUCUAUUGAAAGUCCACAAAAGGAAAUCAAAGGUAGACCAGUGGAGAAUUAUUCACCAAUUAUGAUUGACUCACCAAUGAAAAAUCAUAGUACCAACAGUUCUGUAGUUGGAAGCAUUGCAAGUGCUAGGAGUAUCGUUUCGAGAAGCUCUAUUAGUAUCUCUAUUCAAAAAAGACAAUUUGAGAAUACUGUCUAUCUUUGUAAAAAACUGGGGCAAUGGUAUGAAAGUAAAGAUAUGAGGGUUAAGAAACAAAAAGCUCAAGACAGCUUUGUGAAAGCUCAUAGGUUGGCUGCAAAUACCACUGGAUCGAGAAUAAUACCAACAGGUUAUGUGAGCACUCCUGAUGGUUUAGUUUUGAGAUAUAAGCCAAAUGAAUCACCUCAAAAACUUUCUAAAUCAUGGAGUGAUGAAGACAUUAAGACAACCGACGUAUUCACUUUCGAAAUACCAUUUGAUGAUUUUACAGUUGAAAGAGUGGAACGAAUUGUAAACUCCCUUGGAAAGCAUAUUAAAUACAUUAAGAAGUCACUUGUGAUCUGUCCAAAAUCUCCUAAUGCAAAGGGAAGGAGAACAUUUUUAAUGGAUUUGAACAUUAACAUUCUUCCAAAGACACAAAUGAUAAUAGAGGAAUUGUUGAUAAUGAUGAAAGAGUAUGGUGUCGAAAACAUCAAAAUGCCUAUUUAUUUGUGGAAAGGUAAAGAAAGGAAAGAUACUACACUCACCCAGUACAAUGUUUUAGAGAUUUUGGAGUUUGUAAAGAUCCACUUGGCCAACUAUUUUCAAGGAGAACUGGAGAGAUUAGAUUCUAUCAGAUUUAAUAAUAGUAUUGCCGAUAGUAUGACCAAGCAAGAAAUGUAA